AAAAAAUACAAAAACAACAAAAACAAGACAAAAUAUUACAAAAAUUAGACAAAGCGACAAUGAGACAACAUGCAACAAAACAAAAAAGUAACAAAAAAUGAGACAAAAAAGUUACAAAGAGACAAAAAAAUGGACAAACAUCAAAAAUGAGACAAAAAAUGACACAAAUGACACAAACAAGACCAAAAAUGACAAAAGUGAGAAACAAAAUUACAAAAAAGUAGACAACACAAGCGAGACAAAAAAAACACAAAACGACAAAAAAACAGACACAAAACAACAAAAACAUGAGACAAACGACAGACAAAAAACAACAAAAACAAGACAAAAUAUUACAAAAAUGAGACACAAAACGACAAAAGAACAAUGAGCAAUCAAGUAUUUUACCUUAUGAUCAAAACAACUUGUGGAGGUCUAGAAAUUAUUUGAAAUUUAUAGUUUUACAAAUUUACACUUUGCAAUUAAUGCCUUCUUUGUCAUUUUUACACUUUACAAAGUCGUCCAGUGGGUCGUACUGGACCCUCUGGCGGGCCGGUUUUGGCCCGCGGGCCGCACAUUUGGCAUACCUGGUUUAAGGCCACCAAGACACCUAUGAUUCCCCCCGAAGGAGUUACAACCUUCAGCAGCUGAGAUGGGAGCGACUGUUCAUUCUCCAUCAGAGCCCUGAAGGUAAAAGAGGGAGGAAACGCAGUCACUUUUCCACUCUGCUGCUUUUUACAGCCUGCUCAGGUCAGGUAUAAAAUUGCAGGUGUGUGCAUGCACCUGAUACACAAACAGAAGCUUCGCUAGUCGGCAGCGGUUUGAGCGAUGGCCGAGGGGAAACCGUAUCGGUACGGGCUGAUCGUGGCGGGGCUGAGCGUGGUGGCAGUCGGGCUUUUCAUCAUGACGGUGGAACGGCCGCACGUUUACGCCACAAUGUGCGUUCUGGGCAUCUCCAUGGUGUGUGUCGGGACUGUGUGGAGCCUCUGCCAGUGCUAUCCAAAGGUCAUUGUGGCUCCUGAGAUUCAGAGGAAAAGCCUAGAAGAAUUAGAGUGCGCUGCAGCUGAAGCAAAAGAUGAAAGGCACACCGAGGCUCUGGCAGGUUUCUGUGGCCAAAAGUCGAGUAGCAGCAGACUUCUCCCUGAAGCCCAGAAGAGUCAGUGUUACAGCUGCCCCACUCUGCAUCUGGUCUGAGGGACCGUUAGGGGCUCCUCAAAACAACCCGGGGUAGCAGACUGCACUCAGGACAGCCAGCAGACCCCUGAUGCUUUUAAAAAAAUGGUUUUUAACUGAAUGACAGCAUCAAUCACACAUGACGCUGUUUGAAUGUGCUUUAUUUUUUACAGCUAAUGGAGCUUUGCGUCAGUCUGAUCAUUGUCAUACAGUGGUGGAAAGUAACUAAACUUUACUCAAGUGCUUUAGUACAAUUUUGAUGUGCUUGUACUUGAUUAUUUCCAUUUUAUUCUACUGUAUACUUCCAUUACAUUUCAGGGGAAAAUAUUGUGCUUUCUACGUCCAUCUGACAGUGUUAGUUACUUUUAAAAUGAAGGUUUGACACAAUGAAUAAAAAACAAGCUUUUAAAAUACAAAACUUCGUUAAAGAAUAAACCAGUGGUUUCUAAACUGUUUGGCUUCUUAGAAAAAGCAGUGUUCAGUUGAGUCACAUUUCAGAGAUCACAUGGCCUCACGUGGUUUCAUUUCAGUGAAUAUUAUAAUAAUCCAGUAUCUCACCAAAAAUCAAAGAUUAGAGAGGAAAUCAAAACCUGAAAACAGAUCUGUGCAUCAGAACAUCAUCUGAUAACCCCUGGGAUUUAUUAAAAAACUGUAUAUAAAUAACUAUAUAAAGUUCAAACUAGUUCCAAAUGAUAAUAUAUCAGUCACAGGGACCAAACCAGUAAUACUUUAACUGCAUUUUACUGCUGCAUGCUUUAACUUAAGCACAAUGUUUCAUUACAGGAUUCCAACUUAUAAUGGAGUGUUUUUACGUUGCUGUAUUGGUACUUUUACCUAAGUAAAGGAUCUGAAUACUU